UCCGGACCAAACAAAGCAGACCUUCCUUAUCACCGAAUCUCAAUUCCCAACGACACAAAAUCGCGCUCACUGUGAGUGACGAUGGAAUGAAAUGAGCGAAAUGAAGGUAGCAAUGGCGUCUAUCUCUCUGCUAAACGUCAUCUGUCCUCAAACCGUUACUCUCAGAUGUUCUCUUUCACUCUUCCCUCGUAAGAACAUCAUUAACCUUCGAGUCCCUAGCCCCCGAAUCAUCGUGAGAUCUCUCUCUGCUGUUUCAACUUCAAUUGCAGAUCACCAACCUUCGCUCUCUAAUGAUGGUUUUCUUGAGCCUUACCUUUCCUGUUCGAUGCCCGAAAGGAAACUUAAUGUCGCUGUUCUUCUCAGUGGAGGUGUCGACAGCGGCGUCGCUCUUCGGCUUCUCCAUGCCGCCGGACAUUCCUGCACUGCCUUCUACCUCAAAAUCUGGUUUCAAGAAGAUUAUGAAAACUUCUGGUCAGCUUGCCCAUGGGAAGAAGAUUUGAAAUAUGCAACGGCAGUGUGCGAACAGGUUAAUGUACCAUUAGAAAUUGUACAUUUGUCUGAGGAAUAUUGGGACAAUGUGGUGUCUUACAUUAUUGAGGAGUACCGAUCUGGUCGCACACCUAACCCUGAUGUCCUCUGCAAUACGAGGAUCAAGUUUGGUGCCUUUUUGGAUGCCAUCAGCAGUAUAGAGUUUGACUAUAUUGCUUCUGGACAUUAUGCCAGAGUUAUUCACCCAUGUUCAGAUCAAAGCGAAUGUCCUUCCAUCCUAGAAUUAUCAAAGGACAAGGUCAAGGAUCAAACCUACUUCCUUUCACAUCUCUCACAGACCCAGCUUAGACGACUUCUUUUCCCGCUUGGAUGUAUCUCAAAGGAUGAAGUCCGUAAGAUUGCUGAAAAAAUGGAUCUUCCUAACAAAGAUAGAAAGGAUUCACAAGGGAUCUGUUUCCUUGGAAAGAUAAAGUUCAGUGAAUUUGUGGCAAGACAUAUCGGAGAGAUGGAAGGUGUCUUAUUGGAAGCUGAAACCGGUGAUUUCCUUGGGAAACACCAGGGCUUUUGGUUCUACACAAUUGGUCAACGUCAAGGUCUACGCCUUCCUGGAGGACCCUGGUAUGUUGUUGAGAAGGAUGUCAAGAACAAUGUUGUCUUUGUAUCAAGGAACUAUUUUUCUAUUGACAAAAGAAGGCGCAGAUUUCGUGUUGGCUCUCUGAAAUGGUUUAGUGGAUCAUGGCCAAACCAGCUCAAAGAGCUCCAGUGCAAGGUUCGACAUGGUCCAGGCUUUUAUGAUUGUAGUUUGACGUUGGACCCAGGCACGGACAGCCCAGGACUAUCUGCUUUUGUCCACUUAUCUGAAGAUGACCAGGGCUUAGCUGCUGGGCAGUUUGCAGCCUUCUAUCAGGGAUCAACCUGCUUAGGCUCUGGUGUGAUUCUGGAGUCUUGGGAUGACCAAGGCUUCCCUGUCUGUGCAAAGGCACUGGAAAUUGCAAGAAUGGAGGAUAAAUCAAAACUUGGGAAACCAGUGAAGAUAAUGGUUAAACCAGUCUCUCCCCCAAAGAUUUCUUAUUGUACCGAAAAUAAUGAAUUUGGCAGAGAAUUACAGAAUUCUCAAGUUACAGUUACUGAUUCAAGGAGACAAGCAUCCCAAGGAUUGUUCUCCAGUAUCAAUGUGACUUGGCUGCAGAAACUUAAAGAAAAAUGGUCGCGGAUAUUUUAAUCGUAACAUUUGAAU